GGAUGACAACAAUGAAGAAUCAUCGUGAUGUAGGAGCUCUGUCAAUCAGGGUAUAUAUAUAAAUAAGCCGUGGUUUUCUCCCUCGAUCAUAUUUCUCUUUUUACCAUUUUGUCCGAGUCCUUCGUUUCUCUGUGUUAUCUCUUAUGCCAAACAGGUGCACCCAUCCGUUUUAUAUAAAAUCGACGUUCCUUAAUUCCUCUUGUUUUGUUAGUGCCAUAGCUAUAACCUUUUGUGUUUGAUAACAAAAACACUACAAGGAUGGUCAUGGAAAUUGAUCCAGCCAUUGUCUGGGGAUGGCGGGAGAGCAGAGGUUUCUUUAUAAACAGCUGUGUCUUCUUGUGCCUUCUUAUCUUGACUUUUGCCCUUCGACGAAGAAUCCGGUCCCAAAACAUACUCCUCACUUAUUCCACCCGGAUAAGCCUCCUGGCGAUAAACAUAAUAGCCCUGGCUAUCAUCUCCGCUCAGUGGGUCAGAUACGACAAGGCGUUCCGCUACCUAGACGACAAAUACCCGGAUAUUAUCAGGAAGCAAGUUGUGUCGAUGCAGUGGAUCAACAUCAUCUUCGUCGUCGUCACUAUAUUGGGAUCUGUAUCCUGGAUUGGCACCUGCCUCGGUGGACGACGAGGACCGGAGUCGAGUAUCCCGAAAAACAUGAUGGCCCAUUUCGCGGCGGCUUAUGCAUGGCUGCAAACGUUGCCUUCAGCGCAGGCCAUGCUGCCUAAUGCGUCGUAUUCGAAUAUGCCUGGCGCAGAGCUGUACAAGCCAACGAAUUCCGAACUGAAUCUCGUUGACCUCGCAAAUGCCUGGUGCUACGGCGGCUUGGCUGCGCGGAGUGCUGUGCUCUUUGCUUCUAUUAUUGUCGCCAAUACGAUCUCCAGACUCAUCGAGAGAGCAAAAUUUGACAUCGACGAGCAUCGGAUUCUUCGUCAAGUCCAAGCUACUAGGGCUUAUCUUUCGAAUAUAGAACGUGACUCACCAGAACGUCAUCCGUCACAUCCAUACGAUGUCGAGAGUGAGCUGCAAGUCCUUCCACCCGUGGCUCGAUCCUGGUCGUCGAUGUCUCGGGAUUCAACACUUUGCGAUUACAGAUAAACGUGCCGGCUUCUCGUGUACGGAGGUAAGAUCGAUGAAUAAAGCAGCCAUCGCUGGGGUUUCGAUGUCGAAGUGAAAAGCGUUUCCCCAAGAGAGCGGCUAAGUUUCCCACAAUACGAUACCGGUUUGAAAUAUCCGCGCCGAAUGGACCACUUCUAGAGAUAGAUGUAUCAUUUCUCCGCUGUGCAACCUUGUUGCUCUUGUCCUCAUCAUGUCCGUUUCCACUUUUUGGUUGCUUUCACGAAAAAAGGGGGUUAGUCCGCGCAUAAGUCCUGUGAAAGAAAGUUUGUAACCAGUAAUUAGCAUACUGUCAUUUUGCUGGCCUUUUUGGUUGCUCUUUGGUUGAGUGCUUCAUAUUAAUCAACCUCAUCUUGCUUCUUGUGUAUAUAUAUCUCCAGCAGAUUGCAACGUUUUGAAAGAGAGGGACAUGUGGUGGAACAUAACUAAUAUGUCAUGUUGUA